AUGAUGCCCAUCCAACUCACUAUCUUUUCUAUCAUCAUCUAUGUGCUUGAAUCCUUGAUAAUAAUUGUACAGAGUGGCUUAACUGUUGCAGUGCUGUUCAGAGAGUGGGUACACUUCAAAAGACUGUCACCUGUGGAAAUGAUUCUCAUCAGCCUGGGCGUCUCCCAUUUCUGUCUACAAUGGGCAUCAAUGCUAUACAACUUUUGUGUCUAUACUAGGCCUGAUGAGAUAUUUUGGACUUUAUCUCUCAUCUGGGAUCUCUCUAAUAGUUUUUCAUUCUGGUUAACCAGUUUGCUUGCUGCCUUCUACUGUAUCAAGAGCUCUUCCAUCACCCACCCCGUCUUCCGCUGGCUGAGAUGGAAAAUUUCAAAACUGGUUCCUUGGUUAAUACUGGGUUCUCUGUUGAUUUCUGGUGUGACCGUCAUCCCUUCUGCUGUUAGAAAUAACAUCCAGAUGGAAGUAAUCACCCUGGAUCAUUCACCUAGAAACAGUACUUUGCUUGCAAGACUUAAAGUGUCUGAGCAGUAUUUUUACAAACCUCUUAAAAUGGUUGGGAUGGCUGUUCCCUUCCUUCUGUUCCUGGUUUCUAUCAUUGUACUUAUUGCUUCAUUGGUCCAGCACUGGGAGCAGAUGCAACAAUAUAAUACCAGCACCUCCAGCAUGAGAGCCCAGUCCAUUGCUCUGAGGUCUCUUACCAUCUUCUUCAUUUUAUCCACUUCUUAUUUUUUGAUUGUAUUACUCUCUAUAAUUGGCAACAUAUUUGAUAAGAAAACAUGGUUCUGGUUCUGGGAAGCUGUCACGUAUGGUGUAAUCUGUAUUCAUUCUACUUCAAUGCUGCUGAGCAGUCCUACAUUGAAAAAGGCUCUGAAGAUACAGUGUUGA